AUGGGUCCCCUUCUCUCGCUUCUGCGUUUGAAAGAGAAAGACGACGACAAUUACGAAAAAAUACUCUCGGAACUCGAUGAACAGAUAAGCACUUCGGAGGUUCGCCUAUGUGACAUAAAACUUCGCCAGAAGCGGUCGACAAUCUUCUGGCUUGCAUUUUCUACAGUGCUGUAUAUUGCCUACGUGAGUGGUUGGUACUUCUUUGGCUGGAAGAGUAAGUAUGACGAGACAUGGCAGUUGUGGCUUCUUAAACUAUUUCCAGUAUUCGCUUUCCCCUGUAUAAUAUGGAUGGUUAAAAAGUUCAUGAGCAUGUGGUAUAGACGUAAAGAAGCCAACGAAAGGUCGCAAUUGAAACAUCUCGUUGCAAGAAAGAAACUCAAAAUUGAAGAGUUGAAGAAAAAGACAGGAUAUUACGCGACACAGAAUUUAAUUGAACGUUUUGAUGUAAAUAAUUCGCAGAAAAGUCUAGCCAAGUCGGUAAAUUUUCCCGCUCUACCAAAUGAAUGGAGUCAAAACGAUGCUCAUUUUACGGAUAAUAGUCAAGUGCCCGCUACAGGAUUGCGGCUUCGUCUGCCUACCUCAACCUCGGAAACAAAAGACGAGUCUUCUCUGACACCGCCUGGUUACUAUAACACAACAAUACCCCCUUCAAACACUCCUCUUAAACGAACUUGGUAUGAUCGAGUAAUUGAUCUGCUUGCUGGAGAGGAGGGACCAUAUAAGAAAUAUGCUCUGAUAUGUUCUAACUGUCAUGCACAUAAUGGACUUGUAUCGCAACAAGAUCUCAACGACGUGCAAUAUUUCUGCCCGAAGUGUAAUCAUUUUAAUCCAUCACGUCGGAGCAAGAGAGAUGAGACCAAUGGUGCAGUCAAUAGCAAUAAUAACACUAAUAAUGAGGAUAAUGGAAGUAGUAGGAGAGGGAAAGGUGUUAACAAACAGAGUGGAAGUAUUCGGUCUCCUACUCCUCGGCGUGGCCGAUCUACUACUCCUAGACCCACGACAUCUUCCAACGAAAUGAUGAACAAUGAAAUCACAACAGAUGACUACGAUGAUGAUGGAGUGGCAGUUAGUAAGCGACUGGCUUCUCGCUCGACUAGCCGACGAAGAAGGGCGGGCAGUCAUAGUCAGAGCAGGCUUGAAGAUAGUGAAGAGGAGGGUAUGCGUCGAUAUGAGACGAGUGAUGAAGAAUACGUUAGUCGGAGAAGGAUACAUGAGUAG